UUUGUUUGCUGUAAGACGUUCAGUGUACAGGAUAUGUUCUGAUAACUCCAUGACAUGAAAAUGGUGGCUAAUUGAAUUCAGCUGCAUCAAUACCUUAGUCCAACAAAAUGCAGCCUUCAGACUCGCCACCACAAGAGCCAAUGACGCCGAGACCCAUACAAACGUCACAAGCAUCACCACCAUCGUCUCCCUCGGAAAUUUCACGUGAUGCAAGUAACACAAUGCAGCCUCCAGGCUCACCACCUUAAGUACCAAUGACGCCGAGACCCAUACAAACGUCACAAGCAUCACCACCAUUGUCUCCCUCGAAAAUUUCACACAGAACAUCACCAUCAUUGUCUCCCUCGCGAAUUUCACAUGCACAAUUGUCAUUUUCAACGAACAUUCCACAAGGAUCUCCUCAUUCAAGUACACAAACACCACAAGAAUCUCCACGUUCGGGUAAACAAAUGCGGCAGAGAUCCUCAUCAUCAGCACAAUCAACUCCAUCUCCUGGGAAUGUUCCUUUGAGCUACCCACCACCCCCAACCCAAACUCCCAUAAACGCUACGACAACGGUUGAAUGGUCUACCGGACUUUGUGCAUGCCACUCGGACAUCACAAAUUGUUGUGUCACAUUCUGUUGUCCAUGCAUCACAUUUGGGCAAAUUACAGACAUUGUUGAUAAAGGAACAUCAUCUUGUGCUGUCAAUGGAACAGUAUACGCAGUGCUGGCUAUAGUUUUGAGAUGUGCAUGCUUCUAUUCCGCUAUCUAUCGUCGAAGGAUGAGGCUUCAGUUCAAUUUGAAGGGCAGCACUUUAGGGGAUUGUUGUAUUCAUUCAUUCUGUGAGAUCUGUGCUCUUUCCCAGGAAUACCGCGAGCUUCAUUUGCGAGGAUUCGACUUGGGUUUAGGAUGGCAAGCCAAUAUUGAUAGACAAAAUCAAGCAGCAAUUACAACACCACCUCCACACGAAAGCAUGAGGAGAUAAUAGAGUACAAUGUGCUAAAAGAAAAUCAAAAGGAAAUCAACUUCACCAUCACCAGCCAAACUGUCGCGAUGCAAAUGAAAACCAAACCUCCAGAACCUUUACAUCAAAGCUACAGUGGCUACAGAAAUCAAUACCCAGGGUAAUUAUUGUAGCUGAUAAGUUGAUCAGACAGAAAAACAGGGAGAUGGAGCAUUCUUUGAAUCAACAGAAGUAGAUGACGGAUAGAGUGGCAAUGAGCGGUGGUUCAACCAUGCCAAUGGUGGUGGUAGGUGGAGUCAAGAUGGUGCAAAACAAGCCUGCAAUACAGCAGGCAGUAUUUUUGUAUCAAGUAUCUGUUAAUUUUACCAGAUUAUAGAGGAAGAAGAGGAAUCGUGGCUCCCUAUAGGCCACAUUAAGAAUCCGAUUUGAUAAUUAUGGAAUACUAGAUUCAGCUUUCUCCACAUUUCCUUAAACUAUUCAUCAAAUUGUACAUCUCACUUUUUUGCUCUUUUCAAAUUUAGAAAAAAAAAAUGUGAAAAGCUUGUAUUGUAUAUAAUGGGGGCAAAUCCCUACUUUUACACAUCAAUAUAAUGAUUUUACCUAUAAUUAAAAGGAGAGAGAGAAUCGGAGAAUAACAUGUUACAGUCAUCUUACAUGACUUCACCAAUUACAAGUUGCAUCAGGCAGGUAAAGAAGCUGACCAAAAAAUCAGGAGCAGAUGCUAUAUUACAUAUUUACAUUGCAUCAGGAGGAAAUAUGCUUUUGACAAAUCUGUCAAACAUCACUGGUUAGCUUCACUUGCUGAUGCAUUGCCAAAUAGAGAACUCCACUGCAUAAGUCAACUGCUUCUCAGCUAUCCAGUAAGUUUUUUGGGAAGAAAAUAGAUGCCAGAAAAGAAAUCAUAUAAUUCCAAGUUAUCAAAGACCUCAAUCAAGAAAUACAAGUACGAGAAAUGGUGACUGCCUGAAUGUUAAAAAAUUAAAAUUUAAAAAAAAAAAUAAAAAUAAAUAAAUUAUAAAACAAAAAAAGAAAAAAAAAACCUGUAAUAGCCUCUGGCUUGUAUUCGUGUGUGUGUGGGUGUGUGAGUAACAAGUCCUGACCACUGCAAUUUCUGAUUGCCAAAGAUAUUAAAUAAAAUACCUACCUCAGUUACAAGCAGUUAGCAGGAUCCCAUAUCUCUCUGAUAAGCUUGCAUAAGCACACUCCCCCAGAAGAGGAACACUUUGGCUUUCAAUCAUUUUAGUUUCAAGGCAAAUGCUCCUAAAUCUGGCCAUCCUUAACCUAAGGAAGCUUCCAAAAUAUUGACAUCCAAUUAACGAUGAAAUAGCUGAUUAUCAGAGGAGGGGGGGGG